GAUGCAGCACAUGUAUAAGUGCCGGCCGGUUUUUACAAGCGCUCUCCAGUCCGCUCCCUUCCAAGCGCGCGCACGCUGCUGAUGAGAAAAGCCUGGUACCUCUUAUAAACGAGUGGAAAGACUGAGCGUGUAGGGAAAAUCAUGGAGGAGAAGAGCGAAAUCAAUGGGCACGCCGGGCACAAAAGCCUGUUGCCAGCGGUCUCAGUAAAAUCAGAAAAGAAAAGCUUUAAAGACAGGUUGAUGGUCUUCUUCAAAAGAAAUCUCUUAGUGAUCCUGACGGUGUCCGGGGUUCUGGUGGGCGUAGGGCUCGGGAUGAUGGUCCGGAACAUGAACCUAACCCGAGCGCAGAUGACUUAUUUCGCCUUCCCCGGAGAGAUGCUGCUGAGGAUGCUCAAGAUGAUCAUCCUUCCUUUAGUGGUCUGCAGUUUGAUUUCUGGCGCUGCGAGUCUGGACACGCGCUCGCUGGGAAAGCUCGGAGGGAUCGCCGUGUCUUACUUUCUGGUGACCACUCUGAUCGCUUCAUCCAUCGGGGUUGCGCUCGCCUUCAUCAUCAAACCCGGCGUGGGAGCCGGAGCGCUGAACACCAACGACUUGGGGCUGGAAGACUUGAGCUCCAACAAAGAGACAGCGGAUUCGUUUUUAGACCUUGCAAGAAACCUGUUUCCAUCCAACCUUGUGGCCGCAGCUUUCCGCUCAUAUGUCACUGAUUACAAGACGAUUCUUGUUGGAAAUGGAACAAAUGGAACCCUCAACUACCAGAAGGUUCCCUUUGGAACAGAUGCAGAUGGAAUGAAUAUUCUGGGCCUUGUUCUCUUCGCUAUGGUUUUUGGAGUUGCUUUGAGAAAGCUUGGGACAGAAGGAGAGGAGCUCAUUCGUUUUUUCAAUGCCUUCAAUGAAGCCACCAUGGUAUUGGUGUCCUGGAUCAUGUGGUAUGUGCCAUUUGGCAUCAUGUUCUUGGUUGGCAGUAAGAUUGUGGAAAUGGAAGAUGUGGUUCUGUUGGUCACUAGUUUGGGGAAGUACAUCUUUGCCUCUAUCCUGGGCCACAUCAUCCAUGGUGGCAUUGUCUUGCCUCUUAUCUACUUUGGGUUCACUCGUAAAAACCCCUUCAGUUUCCUGUCUGGCCUCAUCACACCUUUCACCACAGCCUUUGCUACCUGCUCCAGCUCAGCGACCCUGCCCACCAUGAUGAAAUGUGUAGAGGAGAACAACGGUGUUGACAAACGAAUCAGUCGGUUCAUUUUACCGAUUGGAGCCACUGUCAACAUGGACGGUGCAGCCAUUUUCCAGUGCGUUGCGGCUGUGUUUAUUGCCCAGCUCAACAAUGUUGACCUCAACGCAGGCCAGAUCUUCACAAUCCUGGUGACAGCCACCGCUUCCAGUGUGGGAGCAGCAGGUAUCCCAGCUGGUGGGAUCAUCACCAUCGCUAUCAUUCUGGAGGCCAUUGGUCUGCCCACCCAUGACCUGUCACUCAUGUUGGCUGUGGACUGGAUUGUUGACCGCACGACCACCGUUGUGAACGUGGAGGGAGAUGCCCUCGGUGCUGGAAUCCUUCACCACAUCAAUGAGCAAGAGAGGAAGAAACAACAACAGCAGCAUCAAGAGGAGCAGGAACUGCAAGAGGUGAAGGUGGAUGUGGUGGCUAAUGUCAAGGCAGAAGAAGAGACCUCCCCUCUCGUCACACACCAGAACCAAGAAGAAAGCUCCUCACGUGAAACACUCAACGAAAAGGACGGUGUGGAGUCUGUGCUGUAAAGUGUUGACUGUGGUCUCCCAUCUCUUUCUUCACUCUUUUCUCUUUUUCACUCUUUAAAAACCACUAUAGACAUUAUGUCACCACCAGUGCGAAGUUGACAUCAUAUGUAAAGUUUACUUAUUCCUGUGAAUGGAACACUAAUGGUCAGUUUGCUUUUACAUUUAGUUUUAAGUACUUGACAAAAGAACAGGUUUUGUUAUGAUAAUCUUAUCCACCUGUGCCAAAAUUAUUUCUUACUAUCAGUUUUUGUGUUUGAGAACAUGUCCCAGAUUAUGUGCAAAAUCUAAAAGGGAAUAUUUCCAAUCUGCAAACAGAGAUGGGCAGUAAUGAAAAUCAUUCACAGACUGACCUCUUGCUCUUUGUUUGUUUGCUAUAUUUUUACUGACUGUGUGAAAUAUUAACUAUUUCAAAGAUAGACCAGAAAGUAUUUGCUGUAAAUAUUUGUGUCCCUAAUGGCAAAUCCUGUUGCAUUAUGGUAUAGUCUGGCGAUUUUGGGGGGCUGUGCAUGUGUGCUUGUGAAGUACUCCUGUGAAUUCUAGCAGAUUCAGAGCUUGUGCUUUAUGGUUUUAGUACUUUAAAAUAUGAUUUAAGUGAACGCCAAGCUCAGAAAUUGAGACAAAACUCAGGGUCACAUGUGAUAUUAAACCUGAUGAUGAGACACUGUAGGGUCAAACAUUUCCUGAUAGACCUCCGUUCUCUACAUAAAAAAGAUUUAUUUUGUUGUUUGACCCAACAACAUCACCCAUGGUAUCUAGUGACAUCUAGUGGUAAGUGGGAUUAUGAGCAAAGACUGUCUAGACUUUCUUGUACAUUUUAUGCCCAACUUUUAGGUUUGGUCAUUAGUUAAUAAGUAAACCAUUUUAAAACAAUUUGAUAAGUAUGAAUGAGUUUAAUUUAUUCUAAUUGUUUAGCUUUUUGUACCGCAUUGAAAAUUAUUUUCGUAAUCUGUCGCUAUGAAAAUAUUCAGAUGUUAUUUAGAUGAACUCUAAAAGCCAUUAAUUAGCACUUGAUUGUUGUGUUUUUAUAUGCAUUUUACCUUCAUAUACUUUUCCACUAUCUUUUAACUGUAAAUUAUCUUCUUGUUACCGAUGUCUGUCUGUGUGUCUCUGCUUACAAUUAAAUCAAAAGCAUUUGUGUCUCUGA